GCCAUUAAUGGAAGCUGGACUCUGACCGGUGCUUCCGGCGUCAGAAAGGCGUUUCAGGUUCUUGAAAAAGACCGAGCUCUUUCCUUCGUCGUUCUCUUCUUCUCACCUCAUCAUUCAUAUAAUCUCUUUCCUCCUCUACCUUUAUCUUUCUCUCUCUCGACAUCUCUCACUCCCUCGGAGGUUUUUGCGGUUCAUGGGAACCAAUCAAGAUUGUUCUAGUCUUAGCAGAAUGGGUGGCCAACAGGAAGGUAUCUGCCCUAUGUGCAUGGAGGAAAUGGACUUAACUGAUCAAGAGCUGCAGCCUUGCAUUUGUGGAUAUGAGAUAUGCUUGUGGUGCUGGCAUUUCAUAAUUCAAACAGCUACUAAGGAUGGUAGUGAUGCGCGGUGCCCUGCAUGCCAUAAACCCUAUGAUAAGGAGAAGAUUUUGAAAAGGACAAUCAGCAAAGAAAGAUUAGAGAUGGUAAAUGCCAACAAGAAGCACAAGCUGCAAAAGAAUAAGCAGAGACUGACAAAUUUAGGGAUUGAUCUCAAUAGCAUUCGUGUGAUAAGGAGAAAUAUUGUAUAUAUUGCCGGGAUUCCUAAAAGUUUAUCUGAUGAAAAGACGCUUAGGAAGAAGGAAUACCUGGGACAAUAUGGAAAGAUUGUCAAGAUUUUUUUUGCACAAACAGACACAUCACGUCAGUAUUAUUCAUCAGACUCUUGCAUAGUAUAUGUUACUUUUUCAACGGAGGAAGAAGCACUUUCCUGUAUUCAAGUUGUAAAUGGUUACAUUUUAGAUGGUAGGCUUUUGAAGGCGAGCUUUGGCACCACAAGAUAUUGCUAUUCAUGGUUGAAUAAUAUUCCUUGUAAGAAUUCUGAUUGUUUAUACGUUCAUGAUGUUGUUCCACGAGAAGAUAUUUGCUCAAGAGAAGAGGUGAUUCAAUUUUGUACAAGUAAACUUCAGCAAUGUCCAGGGGUUGCAUUUGCUAAUGUCAAACAACAUUCAGGAAGUUCCUUACCUCCACCGCUAGGGACAAAGAAUUCGCUUCAGCUAUUGGGUCAUAUGACCAACAAUAGGUACAUACAAAGUGAUGAUUUUGGCAGGUCUUACGCCAGUGUUGCAGCUUCACACGGUCAAUCAAAGCCUUCCAGUGGGGCAGAAGCAUACUUUCCAUCAAAUGCCGAGGAUCAUAACCAUGUUAGCAACGCAGUUUCUUCAUCAAGAAAUGAAAUGCCACUCUCUCUCUCUCUUGCAAUGCCAUUAGAUGGGAUUUGCCACUCAGAAAAUACUUGUUCGCUUGAUUGCAAAACUGCUACUGGAACUAAUCUUGUGGCAGAGGAUAACAAAUGCCGGUCAUCUUUUCGUGACGAUCCCAUGUCCGAGGGAAUUGUUGGAGAACCAUUCUUUUCCCACUCACAUGGAAACAGUCAGUUAUCAACAAGUCAAGCAAAUGUGAGGACUCAUGCUGCUGCCACUAGCAUUAAUUCCUUGGCUAAUAUAAGCAAGUGGAAGUGUGAAUCUUUGGGAAGUGUUGCCAAAAACAGUUUUUCUGAAUGGGAUGACUUGGGUGCUUUUUCCAGAAAAUGUGAUUCCUUUUUAAGUUUACAAACAUUACCGGGUAACUCCACAUCAACUCCGCAGAAUGCUCUUCCUUCAUAUGAUUGGUCCAGGUUUCAUUCAGAUUUAGACUCUGCAAAAUUCAGCUAUAGCUUUGAAGAUGAAAGCCGUCCCGCUCCCUUCAGCAAAGAGUUAAAGGAUUUCUCCACUUGUUCCACAAUUGCUACAAACUUGUGCCAUAAAUUCGAUAAGCCUUCAUCAAUUUUGCCUGCAAAACCUAUGCUGAUUCAUGGCGAACAGAAAAAAUUGUGCAGCAGACCUUCAAGUAAUAGUAGCUUGGAUUUUGAGUUUACGGCUAUUGAUAAGACUAGAGAUGAGAAAUUCUUGAUUGAAUCCUAUAUUGGGCAAUAUGAAGAUAGGAUUUUAUCGUACAUUUUAACUCGGGAUCAUGAUACAAUUGAUGAUCUAGGUAACAAACACUCUAUUUUAGAGCAGCUUGGUAGUUCUGAUGACUUUUCAAGAAUAUCGAACUCUUCAGUACCAUCUGCUAGGGAUGCUUCGAAAUCUUAUUUUUCAAUGGAGGAUUUUUGUGGUGCUAUUGAGCAAUUAUCUCCAUGGUCUAAUAGCGCUUCUGAUCUAACCAAGAACUCUUCUUGCUCUGAAAUGAUGGCAGAGGAACAAGCCUACAUGAAGGAUUCAUUCAAUAAAUCUUAUCUUGAAACAUCAAAGACUUCUAAGGUUCUCAACAAUACUAGUCUUGUUUCUGAUACUGUGCUGGUUAGUGAAUUUGGAAGUUCAUCGGGUAUGCAUCACUCUGGUUCUUUAUCUCGACCUAUCUCUCAACAUCCAUAUUCAAAUUCUAUCUUGAGAACUACUCUUUCAACCCCUCCUGGUUUCCCUCCUAGAAAAACUAAUCCAGCUGCAGGAAUUGCUCCUGAAAGCCACCAACCACACAAUUCUUUCUCUGCUAGAUGCUUCUCCAAUACCAAAGCAACUAGUAGUAGCCAUUCUAAUUUCGCCGAAAAUACUUCACCUGCUAUCUUCAAUAGGGGUGAGGAGCAAAAUUUAUUGAAGAGUUCAACACCAUCAGAUUCUACCAGUAGAAAGAACUCACAGCACCUAUUUUUCCAAUCUAUCUCCAAUCAUCAAGAAUCAUCGAAAGAUCGAUUCGAUCCGGUUAGUUCAAAUGCUUCUGAUUUUGUGGUUACAGGGAGAAAUAAGCCGACUCUUAAUCCAAUUUCUAGAGUAGUUCCUGAAUUGCAAGAUAGGCAUCUUCCAUCUUAUUUCUAGAAGUCAAAACCUUGGAAGCUUUUUGUAGCUUGAAUAGAUUGAUCCCUUUUCAAAACUAAGAUUUCUCUUUGCUUGAUGGUCAUACAUAGAUGGAUUGAUUGUUUAA